AUGCCAGAGCAUUGGGUCCCGACAAUCCAUAAUAUUGACUUGAGGUUGAGGGCGGUAAUUUCUUUUCCCUUCCACUCACUCUGUCAUCGAUUAUUGUUCAUCGUUUCUUUGAUUUUCUUCAUUUUAUCAAGAACAAGAAACCGAUUUCCAGAGUCACGAUCGAAAUUUGUUGGGGCCUGGGGGUUUUGUUUCUCCUUACAAAUCGACACAGUGAAAUCAGGUAUUUUAUCAAGGCUGGAUAUAAGGUUAUCUUUUUAUAUUGGAGGGGAACCUACUAGUCGUAUUGCAGGUCUCUUCGUGAGGAUCCUUUGCUGGAAUGCUUUGAGCUCGUUGAUGAUUUCAAUUUUCAAGGAAAUUCGCCAAACUCAAAUUUUAAAGGAUGAAUAAAUGGAAAUGCUAACCACAAACGAGGUGCCCUUCAUCAGAUGUUCCCUGUUGUUUUACCUGUUCUUCUAAUAUCAAUUGGAUAUGUUGACCACAGGAAGUGGGUUGCCUUUGUUGAAGG